AUGUCUGGUUCAGCGUACCAGAGAUUUGGCUAUGCAUCGAGCUCGCCGGGCGGCUCGUCGACGGACAGUCGCAGGCAACAGUCGUCGUCUGCAACACCAAUCGUCGAUGUCCCGACGGCAGUUCAGAACCUCCUGCUGGCCACCACACGGCUACAAGACGUUCUCCGGAAAUGGAGCGAAAUGAGGGCCUCGGAAACCCAAGUCAGCGACGUGUACGUCCAGCUGGGCAAUGAAUUCAACACCAUGGUCACUGCGUUCGCCCGCCACAAUAUUGACAUGAGCGAAAUCUACGCAGUUCCAAGGGAGCUACGUGCAGUGCUCGAGCAGUGUCUCGCUGAAGACCCGUCGCCGCAGGUCCUCGAACAGUACAUGCCUGCGGUCCGCACGAUCCUCUACCACCUUCUCGAAGGACUCAAGAACAAGCAGAACGACUACAAGCGCGCAGCAGGCCGGCGAUGA